GAUACAUGCAUGGAUCAAGCCCCCCUCCAUAUAAGACGUACACUUGCCACACGAAGAGAGCGUAGUACGUAGCAGAGGAGAUGAUAGGAUGGGGCGACGUGUACAAGGUGGUGGCCGCCAUGGCGCCGCUCUACUUCGCCCUGGGCCUCGGCUACGGCUCCGUGCGAUGGUGGAAGCUCUUCACGCCGGACCAGUGCGACGCCGUGAACCGCCUGGUGGCCUACUUCGCCGUCCCCUUCUUCGCCUUCGACUUCGCGGCGCGCAUGGAUCCCUACGCGCUGAACUACCGCGUCCUGGCCGCCGACGCCCUGUCCAAGCUCGCUGUGGUGCUGGCUCUCGCCGCCUGGGCCGCCGUCUCCACGCGCUGCUGCACCCGCCGCGGCGACGGCGGCAAGGGCGGCGGUGAUCUGGCCUCCUCGUGGUGCAUCACCGGGUUCUCGCUGGCGACGCUGAACAACACGCUGGUUGUGGGCGUACCGCUGCUGGACGCCAUGUACGGCGGGUGGGCGCGCGACCUUGUCGUGCAGAUAUCAGUGGUGCAGAUCAUCGUCUACUUCCCGCUGCUGCUGCUGGCGUUCGAGGUGAGGCGGGCCUGCGGUGGUGGUGUCGCGACGAAGCCAGACACGGCUGCGCCGCCGGCGAGCGACAAUGAUGUGGAGGGCGGCGGCGUCGAGCGUAGGAGCCAGCAACGCGAGCCGGUGUGGCCGUUGGUGAGAGCGGUCUGGCUCAAGGUGGCGCGGAAUCCCAACGUCUACGCGGGCGUCCUAGGGGUGACGUGGUCUUGCGUCACAAACAGGUGGCACAUCCAGACGCCAAGCAUCAUCGAGGGCUCCGUGCUGAUCAUGUCUCGGACUGGAGUUGGACUCGCCAUGUUCAGCAUGGGACUGUUCAUGGCGCUACAGGAGAAGAUCAUCGUCUGCGGGGCCGGCCUGACCGCGCUGGGCAUGGCACUACGGUUCGUCGCCGGCCCGGUGGCUACCGCGGCUGGAGCCGUCGCCCUGGGGCUCCGCGGAGACGUCCUGCGUCUUGCCAUCAUACAGGCCGCACUUCCUCAAUCCAUCACCACGUUCGUGUUCGCCAAGGAGUAUGGCCUGCACGCUGAUGUGCUCAGCACCGCGGUCAUAUUCGGGACAUUGGCGUCGUUGCCCGUGCUGAUAGUGUAUUACAUUGUCCUAGGCGUCGUUGGCUGAAUUUAGUCUCAGGUCCCAUCUUCCUAGGGACUAACUAAGUAAUGUAUAGGUUGGAAGUUGUAACUUGCUCUUCAACAAAUAAUGAUCGAUGCAGAGCACGGCCAACAUCGCAAAAAGUUC